GCAAAACAAAGGAUCAAGUCAGCCAACUUCCCGAGCUUGACCAAGCUAGCUUUUGAGAAAGUUACAGCCGAGAGCGAGCGCGAGGCCGAACCCCGGAUCUCGGUGUCGAGAAACAAAUGAUCAUGCUGAUGAAGAAACUCUUUGAAAGACGCUUUGUCAAACUAAAGUAGUAUCACUCCCCCUGAGCGACUAGAACGAGGCCGUGUCUCUGGGGACCCGGGCAUGUCAUCUCGAGGCUCUUGCGGAGCGUCGUGCCGGCGUCAAAUCCAUCUCGCACCUGCGGCGCAUCAACAAUCGGAACUAACCAGGUUCGGCCGCUUCCGACAGAACAUCCACCUCGUUAGGCACCCGCUCUUGGACGGGCCCGUCGUCGCCAAGUUCGCCGAGCUACUCUGGCAGAAACCCCACUUUGAGGCCGAAACGGCUAUACCCCCAGUAAAUCCAACACCAGCAGAUCGGGCCCGCCUUCGCCACUUGACCGAAGAUGGGCACGCACUCCGCAUUUUUUUGGCGGCGGACGCGCGAGAGCAGCAGAGAGCAAGGACCCUAACGGCGUGCCGUCGUCUCCUGAAUAGGCUUCACGCGCUGGGCAUCAAGCAUGAGAAUCGCAAUAAACUCAACUUUCUUUUUCGGUCGAAUAGCCUGUAAGAUGAAGAUGAUGGUAGCGAAGCGUAGCUUGUUGGGGACGGUAGUGAAGUGCGAUAAGGUCCGGCUCAGGCUCAAGAUCUAGGGCUUAGGUCCCCAAGGUUUCAGGAUUCAGGGUUUCUGAGUAUAAGUCAGGAAAGCCCACUUUGAAAAGGGAAAAAUAACC